GUUUGUGUGUAUGUGUGUGGGUGCAUGUUUAAAACUAUUCCGGGAGCAGCUGGAUUUUUCAUAUCGAACGUUUUCGCGGCUUUCACACGUUAGGAAAAUCAAACCACAAACUUCUACCCCGUCGCUGUUUUGGGUGCGGACGGACGGUUCAGUGCGGUGAAGGGAAAAGUCCAAUCCAGCGUGCACCAACACGUGAGAGUUCGUUGUAUUUUUCCUUUACCUUUUUUUUUGCUGACUGCAAUCUGGAAAACCUUCCCCAUCGACAGAGUGGGACGCGUUAAGAUAGUGUGUAAUUACAACAUCAACAACUCGGUGCAACGGGGAAGACCCUGAGAUAGAGAGGAAGAGAGUGACCGUGAUCCGUGAGCCUUUGUGUGUCUGUUAGACACCUUUUGCUUGGCCACCGUUUACCGUUACACCGGCUCGGACCGCGAAUCCGAGCGCGUUUCCCUUCCACCCAAAAAGUUGCUUAAAAUUCUGGCAAUGAUCUUUGGUGAUUUAGUAUGCUGCGUGCAUUUUGUGGUUCUGUUGCAAAGCUGCAUUGGCGCACUGGUGGCACCUACGGCAGUGGCGGAUGGGCCGGUGGCAGCGCCACUCCUGCAGCAGCCGCCGGUCGGGACGCUGCUGCCGACAAACCGUAGCAGCCGGUACACGGAACCGACCCUACCCGGAGAGCUGAACGACUACUGCCGAACGGCACAGGACUGCCGACAGUACGCUCAUGUGUGUGACACCCGCAAGCAGACGUGCGACUGUGCCGAAGGAUACCGGCCGGACGAGACGAAUCGGGCCUGUCUCGGGGCCGUUGGACGUCGAUGUUUGUACGACAGCCACUGCAUCACGAACGCGUACUGCAAGGGACAAAUGAUCUGUACGUGCAAGCGUGAGUACGGUUUCCUCACCGAUGAUAACUGGUCAUGUCAAGCAUCAUCUGCGAGGGCAUCUUCAAAAAUCAACCCAAUUCAACUGCUGCCACUCGUGCUCGUGCUGACGUGGUGGAGCGUACCAGGCACCAGGGCACUAUUGUGAGAAUAAUGGAUGCAUUUAUUGUAAGAUUUAAUUAAAGCCUUCUCCCCCCCCCCCCC